AUGGGGAGAACCACCAAGACGCAGACCAUGCAGGCGCGCACCCAGGGCCCCAGCGCACGGACUCCCAGCAUGCCCCGGGAAGCAGGCCGGCGGCAGUGUCGUUUCAAGAGCGCGCAUUUAUCCCGGGCAGCAUGGCCGCAGGAGCGCCCGGCGCGCGUCCACAGGCGGGCGCCGGUAAGAGCAGACCCCAGGCACGGACCGCAGAAGUUACUGACCUCCAGACGACGGACUGGGAGAGGGAGGGCCCACGCCCGACGGGGGCGGGGCCCGGAGGGGCGCGGUCUUGCUGCCGCGUCGGGACGGGCGGUGGAGCGGGGCCUGGGCGUCGGGGGCGGGGCCUCGCGUGGGGCGGAUGCAGGCUCUGCGGGCGGGGCCUGCGUGCUAUGGGCGGGGCCUCGCGUCGGGGGCGGGGCCUCGCAUGGGGCCGACGCGGGCUCUGCUUGGCGGGACGUGGUCGCGGGGCGGAGCGGUGGUCCGGCGCGGCCCUCCCGGUGUGGACACCAGGCACACCGCCUGGCAGGUGUGCCUCGGACGUCCGGCCCAGGCGGUGACAUUAACGUGACGGGGCUGGGGACUCGGUUCGGCGACUUGGGGCAAAGUCUGGGGCUGGACAUUCUGCACAGCGGUACUCUGCGGAGCACCGACCACUUGGUAGACUGGGCGGUAUACAGCCUCACAUGGACCCGCUCGCCCCACGACCCCCGUGUAGACAGGAGGUGCGGCUCCCACAGCGACAGGUCACAGGAACACUCGCUGGCCGGCCGUUCCAGCCAGCCUCGCGCUGCCAGCCUCGGGCUGGGGGACCCCACACCAAGCAUCAGCACCAUGAAAGAGGACCUAGAGACCCUGCUGGCCUUGGAACGGGCCAACAUCAUAGCCAAAUACACUCAGGCACACCCAGCAGGGUCUCCACGGGACCCAUGGGAAGAUGCUGAGCUCUCGCGGUGCAGGCUCACGGACCAUCAUGGCUUUCGGCACAACUUCUCCAGGAGACCCGGAGAGCUGACAACUGGGAGAAGAUGCUGCGGAGCUGGGAGCACUACCAGGUGCGCGGUCAGCUGUGGGCCCUCCUGCUCGAUACUGAAAAGGUGAAGUCCACCAAGCGAGGGGUCUACGAGAAGGUGAAGGAGCAGGCCCAGCUCUUCUCCAGAGACAUCAGGCAAAUUGACCUGGACGUGAACCGGACCUUCCAGAACCACGUCAUGUUCCAGGACCGCUAUGGGGUCAGAUCAGUGGUAUGAUGAACCCCCAGAUGCCGUCCCCGGUCCAGCCCGGCUCCUGUGCUCACCACAUGCCACCCCAGCAGCAAGUGUGUCCCAGCAAAGCCCAGACCUGAGGUCGACACUGUCUAUAGUCAUCUCAGUAUGCACCUUAGAAAACAGGGGUCCCCGAUGGAUGUGUGCCCCCCACACCGGCUCCAGCCUGCAAGGAUUUAGUGCAGCCCCUUAGUGUGCAGACGGUGUUGGCGCCUCCCCGGCCCCCGUCAGAGUCUCUGGAUGGUCCGUCCUCCUCAGGAGCCCGGGUUUGGUGUUGAGCCGCCGGGUGUGGGGGAGACCCUGACGAUGUGGGGGCCUAGCGGGAGGGGCGGGAAUGCAGUAUGCGCCUGGACCGGUGGGGUGCAGCCAGAUCGCCAUGGGAGGAGCUCUGUCUGUGCGGCCAGCGGCUGGCGGUGUGCUUCACAGCCCGGGGCCCCGGGGAGGCCGAGCUGGAGGCCGGGAAGGCCGGCGCCGAGGAGCCGCCAGGCAGGCGUGGACUGAGCCUUCCAGGGGACCGUCCCCAACCCGUCUCAUGAGGAGACGUCGACAUUCCUCCACGGAAGGGGGUGCCUUGUACCCCGGAACCUGGGUGGCCCCUGCGUCGGCCUUGGCCCUCAGAGGGCGGCCGCGUCACGGCUGACCUGUGACGCCUGGUCCAGGGCGAGCCAGCCUCCAGCAGCCUGAGGCCCCCAGGCACCACCCCAAACAUCCAUCCCCCUGUGACCACUGCACUGCGUGCCUCACACAGAAGGGCCCCAAUGUGAGGGCGGGCCCUGCCCAGCGACACACCUGGGCACAGGAUCGUGAGGUUUCUAUAAUGGCCUCUCGGUAAAUAUUCUCCACUUCAGCCGAUCUGCCCCCGACCUCGAAAGCAGCCUGUUCCUUCUGUGCACUCGGGCGCAGCGACAUUCCCAUGUGGGGUUCCAGGUUCAACCCUUACCGCGUUAACAGGGUGGUGGUAACGCAUUCCGGGCAUUGGAAAACCAGAAGCCAGAGGAGGGUCGGGCCGUGGACGUGGAGGGGGAGGCUUGCAGCGGAGAGAAAAGGGCAAGAGAGGAAUCGUGGACAAGCUGGAGUUUAUCUCAAUGACAAAUGUGCCCUCUGCAAAGACAGCAUUCAGAGAGCAGGGAGGAAAGCUACAGAGCGGGAGAGAUACUUGGAAUGGCGCAUCUACUGCGGGGCCCUUGCAGACCGAGAACAAGCAGCUCUGUGAUCGAACACAUGACCCGGCACACAGUGGACACAAGACCUGAACAGACACUUGAGCAAAGAAGAUGCGCGUGCGCGCGCGCGCACACACACACACACACACACACACACACACACACACACACACACACACACACACGCAAUGUGCAUUCAUCCAGGGUGUGUGCGGGGACAGAGCUGAGCCUUCGUACCACCGCGGGACACCAGCGCCCGCCACACGCCCCUGUCACGAAGGCUGGGGGCAGGGGGAGCUGGGGUGCAGCGUCAUGCAGCCACGCUGGAAGGCAGGCUGGCGGCUUCUUAUAAAGCUGAACAGAGCCUCACCAUAUGCCCCAAAGUGCUCACAGUUAUCAACCCAACUGGUUCGAAAUCUUUUAUCCAAGUAAAACCUGUGUGAAGGUUCUGUGCUUUAUGCACGACGACUCAACCUGGAAGCACCCAAGCUGCUCUUAGGUGAACAGACACUGGCAAUCCAAAAUGGGGACUACAUCAGGGACACACAGGACCACGCUACGGACGCGCUUGAUGCCAUGGAAGCACCUGGGCUGCGCUUGGCUCGGGGAAGGAAGCCAGAUCGUGUGGUUGCGCUCACGGCACCAGGAACAGGCCAGACCACGGCGGGGAGAGGCCUCGGGGGCUGCGGUGAGCAGGGCAGGGGGAGCGCCUGGCCACCAAGGGGCCGUUCAGGGUGGGGCGGCGGCCCCAGGGCUGGAGGGGUGAGCUGGGGGCUCAGCAAAAACCCAGGAGCUGCCCAUCCCACAGUGGGCGUUUUCAUGGAGGCAAACGGCAAACAGCAGAAUGAAAAUAAACUCCAUCCCACGGUA